AACGAAAAUAUCAGCUGAGGUAAAUACUUUUUUGUUUACGAGUAAAAGCUGCAGCCAUAUCAAGUGGAAUUCUGCUAAUUUAAUCAAAUAGACGCAGGCACAAAUUAUGAAUAAGCAAUCGAACUAACCAGAAAGACGCAACAUAAACGACAGAAAUAUGCGCGAGCCCAAUUUGUACGUAAUUUUAUCACACGCGCUAAUUGGCUCGGGUUUCUUUUUUCUGUAUGUGCACCAUGUGCGCGUUAUCUUCGAGGCGCGUACCAACAUACGGCAUCUCAAUCAAUUGGAGCGCGAAUCGCUGCUGCGCCGCGAAGAUGCCCUCUACUAUACAUUCUACAAGAAGCUAGCCGAUGGCCCAGACUUCUGGCAUGGCUACGACCAGCUGAAGAAUGUCACAGACAUUGAGUAUCCGCACAGCGUCAAUGUGCUCCAGCGUUUCUAUGUGCUUCCUGAGCUGGUUACAGCCUACGUCUUCCAUAUUGUGCGCGCCGGCUUUAAUCCCAGCCUGCAGCCCAUGGAGUUCUACCUGGAGUUCGUUUGGCUAAUGGGCGGGCUCACGCUGCUGGUGCUCUACUUGUACGGGACGCUGCUCAGCGAGAAUGUCUUUGGUGGCAUCUAUGGCGUCAUCUCAUAUUUGAUGUUCCACAGCUUUGCUGGCAAAAUCUAUGAGCGGCCACUGGCCCGUGAAAAUUUUGCAUUUCCCUUUAUAUUCCUACAAAUGUUUUAUUUGUGCAUUUGCAUCAGCCGGCUGCUGCACCGGCAGAAGCACACCUCACGCUUCUUUAUGGUCGGCUCGAUGUCUGUGUUUACGGCCUGUGCCCUGCUCUCGUGGCCGUUCUCCAACUAUAUAUUCACCACGCAGAUAUUAAUAGUGAUGUCCUCGUGGAAUAUUUGCUCGAUACCCGUGGGGCUGGCCUUCGCCCUGGACUAUUCGCUCUCACAUCUGCUGGGCAACGCCCUGGCCUUUCUGAUCUCACACGGCAACACCCAGUUGCUCUUCACCUGGCAACUGAGCCUGGCCCUCAGCAUGUUUAUGAUUACGCUCUUCCGGCAGUUCCGCAAUCGCCGUGCAUCCAGCAAUGUGCAGCAAGGCGAUUACUUUUCGUUGAAGUUUCUGCUGCUGGCGCCGCUGUUCGCGAACAACAUGCAGAGCAAACUUGUGGACAUGCUGAACAGGUCGGGGCUGCUCAAUUGGCAAGAGAACACCUACGUGCACUACUGCGACAUGUGGGCAUACUGGGUGCUGCAGACGAAGGUGAGCUUCGUGACCAAUCUGUCUGCCUGCAAUCCGCUCUAUGAGCGCGUCGCCUGGUCGGAGCUGUGGCAGUUGGUCAAGACGCUGAUCGUGAAGCCCUACUGCAUGUACGGCGUCGUCAUGCUGGCCACAUUCUUCCGCAAGUGGCGCAAGAGCAACAUCAUCACAAAGGCCAAUCAGGAGCAGCGAGAGCGCGCUCGCAACUAUGUGCUGGAGGACUUCCUCGAGGAGCACCACGUAUCCAUGAGUGAUAUGUCCAACAAGCAAACCGAACAGCAGCUCCAGCAAUGCUUCGCCAUGCUCGAGAGCUGCGACCACGACUACGAGCGCUACAAACGGGAGAAGGCCAAAAUGCAGCAAGAGCAGCCACCGGAACGUGAUGACUUCAUGCAGGACAUCAAGCGGCUCAAGGCGCAGAUACAUCGCAACUGGGACAAGCAACGCAAGGAGCGUGAACAGGCCAGCGAAUCGAAUGUCAAAGAGCCGACGAUCACCGAAACUCCCGCCCAAGCAAAAACAGAAACGGAAACUAAUUCAGAGACGAAGACACAAAUAGAACCUGAAACUAAAACUAAAACUGAAAGCGAAAGCGAAUCUAAAACAGAAGCUGAAACUGAAGUGCCGCCGACAGCAACAACAGCUGAACCUGAGGAAACAUUACCGUCCAAAGCCAAGGAGCCCAAAGAGCCAGCCAACGGCAGACGUCGUACGGCAGGGCGUCGCGACUCUGUCGUGCCCACAAUCAACGCUCAAAUAUUGAACUUGCAUUACUUGUACAGCUUCAUUCAGAUGCUGAUCUUCACGCUGGUCGGCCUGGCCGUGCGGAAGCUCUUCUUUCUCAGCUUCACGCAGGGCUGUGUGAUAGCGCCGACGAUCUGCUCCAAGAUCUGGUAUCAUCGUCAGCGCAACGUCUUCUGGUCCGUCUCGCUGGCCGUCUUCCUGCUCAGCAUGUUCGAUCCCGGCAUGGUGAAUAUACGCGAGGAGUACUUUCCCACACGGUACAGCCAGCCGACGGAUGACCUGGAGGGCAUGCUCGAGUGGAUCAAAUUGAAUACGGAACGUGAUGCCGUCUUCGCCGGACCCAUUGAGAUAAUUGGCACCGUGCACUUGACAACCAGGCGGCCGAUCGUCAAUCACGCACACCUCGAAAUGCGUCAAAUGGCGGAGCGGACGGAGCACGUCUACUCGGUGUACAGUCGCCAGCAGUCGUCUGAUAUCUACAAUCAGUAUACGCAGUUGAAAAUCCAAUACUUAAUCAUAUCGCUACACGAGUGCACCAACGAAGUGCACGAUGACUGCGACAUCUUGUCCAUGUGGGAUGAUAAGCAGCCAGCGUUUCGAAAAUAUCCGCAAUUUUGUCACGAGCUUCUGAACAAGAAUGUGCCUAGUUUUCUAAGGGUGUACACCAACGAUAACUAUGGCAUCGUCAAGAUGUUCUCCCAAAGUGUGCAGAUCAAUUUGAAGCACAACAAAAUGCCCGAAAUGUCCAUGUGAGAUGAACAACAACAACGACAACAA